AUGUCGCGGAACAAGGCCUUGACCGUGCUUCAAAAGACAUACGACGAUAGUUACCUGAGUUGUUCGACAGCUGUAUAUCAUGAAAGUCAGGGCAACGAAGUCGAGGCCAUGCGCCAUUGGAGAAAUGCGCUGGACCAAAUCUACGACCACAACGCCAACAAAGCCCUACCGAUGUAUGCGACGAAAACGGACACUGAAAGAGCCUUGAUUGAUGCCCUCAAAGAAUUGGAACUCCAGUGCAAGGAGAGGAUAGACCUGCUAGAGGCCCUGCGUGUAUCACGGCAAGAGGCGGCGUCGUCUUGUUCAAAUUCGACGAAUGGAAAGUUCAUCAACGGCCAGGAAUCUUCACAGGCGGGUGGGACUUCCAAGGGCUCUAUCGGAGACGGUACCAUCCCUGCGGUCACAUAUUCACAGCUCUCGCGUCCAGCCCGGCCAUCUCCCAGGUCUUUGAGGCCGCCCCUACCACCUCGCGCAACAUCCGACGCCCCGGCACCAAGCCGAGCCAGUCCCGGUUCAAGUUCGACUCUAAACGCAGUGUUAUCUGCUCCGCUCGACUCCACGCAAAGAGUUCCAUCUCCUGAGAGGAGUGCCCAGGAUGGCCACUCAACUCAAAGCCCAAGUCCAGACAAAUACACCAUGAGGACUACCUUGCGGUCCGGGAAGUCUAGUGAUAAGCUUCCAAAAGGCUUGCGGAAAUCUUCCAAACCUGCUGGGGAAGGCCCAAGCAAAGCUGCUACCUUGGCUUGGAGUGCUUUAAGCUCACGCGAGAAAGUAUCACGAGCAUCAAAUUCAGAAAAGUCCUCGACUCCCCAAUCCAUCAGCCAGCGUCGCUCGGCAGAGCAUACUCGAAGGACAGGAUCGCCUCACUUGCACUGGGAUAGUCACUCUCGACGACUAGUGACAGCUCGAGAACAUGACCUCGCAGUCAAUAGUGGGAAUGUUUCCGGGACAAGGCAUUCGGAUGAGUAUCUCGGCCCAUCUAACAUAUCUGUUAGUGCUGCAUCAAGCGCGUUAAACUCAACAUCUGCGCUCGAUCAUUCUUCGUCAGAUCAUGGUAUCAACCGAAUAGAGAGACAUCCACCUUCUAGAUCCCCCGCAUCAGCACCUUCGAAAAUCUCUCGAACAGAACAGCGUCACGACAUGGCUAUUUCAGAGGGUCCUGCUGGUGUAUCUGGGAAGUCUUCCUAUAGCCUGCCUAUAAGAGAGAAGCCAAUCGCAAGGCGACCUGUGGGAACGCCCAAGACACAGUCGGAGCAAGGGAGUGACUCUCGCAGGAAAGAACGGCAUUCCAGUUCGCAUUCAGGGACAUUCACCAGCUCUGACGACGGUGAGAAUGAAAGGCGGGCUGUUAGACCAACACCAGCACGAAGAAAAACUGCCGAAUCGGAAAACACUGAACGUCCUGGCACCCCAGACAGCUCCUCUGCCAAUGAAGAAGUGACCGAAGAUUUUGCUUGGAAAAAGCGAAAGGCUGCUGUCCUCAAGAACCUCCCUUCCGGCAUUGAUGAAAGCGCUGCUAAACAAAUUCUCAAUGACAUUGUUGUUCAAGGCGAUGAAGUGCGAUGGGGCGACGUUGCUGGUUUAGAGGUUGCGAAAAAUGCGCUUCGAGAGGCUGUCGUCUACCCCUUCCUCCGCCCCGAUCUGUUCAUGGGCUUGCGAGAACCAGCCAGAGGAAUGCUAUUGUUUGGGCCUCCGGGUACUGGAAAGACUAUGCUCGCGCGGGCGGUGGCCACCGAGUCCAAAUCAACGUUCUUUUCGAUAUCAGCGAGUAGCUUGACGAGCAAGUUUCUUGGAGAGUCGGAAAAACUAGUCAAGGCACUGUUUGGCUUGGCGAAGUUGCUGGCACCAAGCAUCAUUUUCGUGGACGAGAUCGAUUCGUUACUCUCACAGCGAUCAGGGUCAGGAGAGCACGAGGCAACACGCAGGAUCAAAACCGAAUUCCUUAUCCAGUGGAGCGACUUACAACGAGCCGCCGCUGGGAGGGAGACGACGGAACGAGAUAAGGAACGUGGCGAUGCAAACCGAGUUCUCGUCCUGGCCGCAACAAAUUUACCGUGGGCUAUCGAUGAAGCUGCUCGUCGACGAUUUGUUAGACGACAGUAUAUUCCUCUACCUGAGCCUGAAACCCGCAAAACUCAACUUCAGACAUUACUUGCUCUGCAGAAGCACAGUCUGACGGAAGAGGACGUCGACCGGUUGAUUGAACUAACAGACGGUUUCUCCGGAUCGGACAUAACAGCACUCGCCAAAGAUGCCGCAAUGGGCCCUUUACGGUCUUUGGGGGAUGCAUUACUACAAAUGACAAUGGACGAAAUUCGCCCAAUUAUGCUUCAGGAUUUCGAAAAUAGUUUAAGGUCUAUCCGACCAAGUGUUGGCAAGGCUGGGUUGAAGGAAUACGAGGACUGGGCCAAGGAAUUUGGCGAAAGAGGAGGGUAG